GCCUCUCACACAAAUCUCAAACCCUACCUUGCUCGCUAUCCUUCCAGAUCCCGAGCUCCCCUCGCGCCCCGCCCCUCCCCGGCCCCCAUGCGGAUCCGCAGGUCCGCCUCCCGCCUGCUUGGCUCCGCCGUCUCGGGCUCCUGCACGGAGCCGCCCCGAAUCGAGCCGCCCCCGCCCCCGCCGCCAGCCCCAGCCCCAGCCCACGAAUCCGGCGCCGGGUUCGUGGGGCCGAAGACUUCCUCCGGCGGGGAGCCCUGCUGCGAGCUCAGCCGGUCGCCAUGGGACCUCAUGGCGCAGCUCGACCUCUCGGAUCCCCAGGUGGAGAAGCUCUUCGUGGAGACUUGCUUCAUGAGUGUUUCCUGGCGAGGUAGCUGGCUCUUCCCAUCAAGCAUUACCAUGCCUACUGGCUCCAUCAAGGAGGAGGAAGACUUGACCGUAGAUAUGGUUGACGGGGUCAUCUUGAAACUGCACAAAGCUGUGGAAAAGAUGGAGAGGAAGCCGAAGCCAAAUAAGGGGUUCAAAGUGCAGAAAGGAGUGUGGAGGUGCCGGAAGAAUGACGCCAAGAGGUGGUGCUGCCAGCGGCCCGCGAGUGAGCCCAACUCCUACUGCCCGUACCACUUGGACCAGAAGCCCCCCGUCAGCGACAAGCCACGUAGAAAGAGGCCCGACAUCGACCUGGGCGAGGGGUUCUACUACUAUGCGGGGUUCGGCCCCGGCACCAAGAAGCGCCGCACGUCAUGCAGCGACAGCGUGCCAGAACCUAUUCUGCCUGCUGAAUCUCUGAAAGAGGAGGCACCAUCUGAAAUGCAACUUAAUUUUAGUGCUUGUCAGGUACAAGUGAAUGAAUCAGACCAUCAAUCAGUGCUCCCGCCAUCAGCACACGUCGUCGACGAGCCUGGCACCGCUAGGAUGGUGGGCUGUGACAAGGAGAGCAGUGAUGAUGGCGUGCAGGAGCUUCCACUGCCUGCUAAACAACCAAAAGAGGAGGCACAGUCCGAAAUGCAACUUAAUUUUAGUGCAGGUCAGGAACAAGCUGAUGACUCAAACCAUCAAGAAGCAGCGGCAUCAGUACGUGUAGUCAACAAGCCUACGGGCAACGACGGCACCACUGGGAUUGCAGGCUGGGACGAGGAGAGCAGCGAUGAGGAAGCGCUUGGCUGCAAUGGCGAACAACCCCGCGGCACCAAGAGGAAGGGCCCGUUCAAGAAGAGGUGGAGGAAGCCUGUGAAAGCCCGGUCGCUCAAAUCGCUGAUGAUGUCGUAGUGCCUGACUCUCCGUGGUAAUUUAGUCUAGUUAGCUCAGCUUAGUCUGCUCCAGUUUUGGUGCUGAGUUGCAGUGUACAAACUGCUUGUAGCAUCUUUUUUGUGUGUGUACUGUACUGUUUUAGCUGUGUGUGUGCUGGCCGUUAGAUCGAUCUGAAUUAAUUUCUUAAAAGGUGCCGUUUAAUCGUUAUGGCAAGAUGCAGCCACUCUUUUGUUGCGGGUGAUUC